AUGCUGGGACGGGGAUCUAUGUUCGUGUUUUCGAUGAACCAGUUCCUGCGGCUCAUGCGCAUAGAAGCAGACCCGCCAAGCCUACCCCUCUUCGGCUCGUUGCUGGACGUGGGAGCGGGCGACGGCAACGUGACGGCAGCCAUAGCGCCCCUGUUCCGUCGGGUCGACGUGACCGAGAAGUCGCCGUCCAUGCGACGCGUGCUGAGCCGACGAGGGUUCCGGGUUCUGGACGCUGUGACGCUUCGACCUGCCGAUGCAGAGGACGGCGGGGAAUCGCAGCUGUACGACGUGAUCUGCUGCCUGAACGUCCUCGACCGCUGUGAGACACCUCUGGGACUGCUGCGCAUGCUCAGGGCUCGGCUGGCGCAUCGCUCAGGCAGGCUGGUGCUCGCUCUGGUGCUGCCUCUGUCGCAGUACGUAGAAUCUGGCAAGUGCGGCACCAAACCACUCGAGAAACUGCGCGUGCGUGGCUCGACGCUGGAACAACAGGUCCAGUCGCUUUACAAGGACGUCAUCGUACCUGCUGGAUUCAUCUUGGAGACCUGGACCCGGCUACCCUACUUUUGCGAGGGUGACCUCGAGCAGGCCUAUUACUGGCUCGAUGACGUAGUCAUGGUGCUCCGAGCGGCCGACCCACAUGGCUCUGGACCGUCCUGACACGUUACGCCGUCUAAAAAUGAGAGCAUGCAGCUAACAUCAUUUUUUUUUUUUCAAUACAUGGCGCAGCACAGCAUCUCUCUUGCAGCAGCGAUCUUUUUUUUUAUCGUAAUUGAAGCGUGUAUGUAACACCGAGAGGCAACGACUCAGAGGUUUUCUUUUUUUUUUGUUUCAUUGCGCAGAUAGUUGCACUGUAGACUUUCUUUGAUUGAUUACUAGAGAUAGCUCUGGCGCUAGUGUAUAUGGGAGCUGCAAACCUAACGGUUGAGCCGGCGUGGGAAUUAAGUGCAGUGUGAGGAGCUGCCUCAAUUCUCACCUUCUCGCUUCAUACGUUUUUUUUUUACUUCAAAAACAGGCCAUUUACAAUUAUGUAUCACAUCGUGAAUGCAAAGCUUUGUAACAAUAUGCACGCGCACAUACUCAUUGUAUUCACGCUUUCAUAAAAAUACGAGCGCUUGAUAUUGGGCGAGAUAAUGGGGUAGUAUCAAUGUUCCCUCCGCUACUGGUGCCUAGAUUUAGCAAGAUUGACAUAGAUUAAAGGGGUCGUGAAAUGUCGCUCCUGAAAGGACAAUGUGGAACCACCGGCAGGUACACGUAUACUACUAGGUGACAUAAGCCUAACAGUAGACACGCAUGGACGCUUGUCGAGGCACAGCCGCGAUAACCUUAUCGAGCAUGGACGCUUUGCCACGAUGAUCGUCCAUGUAAUCUACUGUUCUUAGGCUGACGUCACCUAGUUAAUGAGUGUGGCUGCUGGUGGUUUCGCAUUGUCAUUUUAGAAACAACCUUUUCACGACGCCUUCAAGAGCCAGGCGAAAAUAGAUAAAAGAAUCCUUCGUUUGUGGCCAGUAGUGAUCUAUUACUACUUUCUUCGGUGUUAAUGAGCACAAGCGCUAUCUACUACAUGAUCAGUCAGGUAUCCUUCGUGGUUUUUUGCUUGUGUGUUUGUUUUUGUGGAGGACAAAUGCAGUGAUGUGAUGGCUGCGCUAACUACGCCAAACUGUACCAAAAGGUGAAAGCUGCUACAUCCUGCUGUAUGUCGACAGGAAUCUUGUAGUUUGUGCCGACCGUGCUCGAAGACAUCAUUUCGCAGUCUUUCGUGGAGAGAAAAAGGUGAAAGGCACUCGAAUUACGUACUUGAAUUACCCUUGUAAUCUUUAUUGAUCAUUGGAGCUGACAGGCGAAAACUGCCUAGUUUUAAAAAGAUUUCUCAGGGACAACUGUGUACUCAAUUGAAAAUAAUAUUCGAUCGAGCUGAUGGUAUUGAGCAAGUGGCAGUUGCCGCCUAAUUCUUGAUUAAGCUUACAAUAUUUGUUCAUCUCGCACCAACAUUCGUGCUGUAACUUUGCCCAUUGCGACUGUGCACGUUGCCCAGUUUGCAAAAACAUGUGCACACUGUCUCGUAAACAGUGAUAUGUGUACCGAAGCCGCAAAGUUUUAAUUAAGUAAAAUAAAUGGUGGCACGCGAAUUGAUGUAAGCUGGUAGGUUGUGCGACAGCUUGAUAUUAUUGAGCAAGUCGCAAGUUGCAGGCACGCGUGACGAUUGGCGGCGCUCGGGAGACGAGAUCGAGUUCGGUGGCAGCACGAAAGCGACGACGGUGCUGUAAAAUAAUGCUUGCUUACGCGAGGUUGAUUUCAUCGCUCUACUACAUGUCUACUAGGCUCAAUUCAGUCAUUAAACCUGCAUGUGGAGUUUUCUAACCACGAAAAGUUGGGGCACCGAA